AUGGUUCUCGCUGACGAGGUCGGUAAGAACGGCGCGGCGAACGGAGCAGCAAAGGCUGCCGCUGUGGAGGAGAAGAUCGGCGAAGGGUCCAAGGGUGUGGAGGAGCUUACUGUGGAGGAUCGGCCAUGGUUCGAGAAGGCUCGGGCUAGCAAUGUGCAGGUGUCCGUGACGCCAGGCGGGCGGUGGAACCACUUUAAGACGUACUCCGUCAUCCAGCGCACCUUCGAGAUUUGGAGCUUCGUUAUUGCCUUCCUCGUCAAGGCGUGGCUGAUCAACCGGCCGUGGAUGUACCGCGGGGGCGUCACGGACGCGAAGAAGGGCGAGCGGCGGCGGGAGCUCGCGCGGUGGCUCAAGGAGGGGCUGCUGCGGCUGGGCCCCACCUUUAUCAAGAUCGGCCAGCAGUUCUCCACUCGCUCGGAUCUCUUGGCUCAGGAGUACAUAGCAGAGCUUUCAGAGCUGCAGGACCAAGUACCACCGUUUGAGUCCGAUACCGCCCUGGCCAUUGUCGAAUCAGAGCUAGGCAAGCCCAUCUACGAGGUGUUUGAGCGCUUUGACCGCGACCCCAUCGCGGCAGCGAGCCUGGGGCAGGUGCACCGCGCGCGGCUGCAGGGCAGGGAGGUGGUGGUGAAGGUGCAGCGGCCGGGGCUGAAGGACCUGUUUGACAUCGACCUCAAGAACCUGCGCGUGCUCGCUGUGAAUCUCCAGAAGAUUGAUCCCAAAUCGGAUGGGGCGAAGCGCGACUGGGUGGCGAUUUACGACGAGUGUGCUUCCGUUCUCUACGAGGAAAUCGACUACAUGAAGGAGGGCAAGAACGCGGAUCGGUUUCGGGAGAACUUUAAGGACAUGGACUAUGUGAAGGUGCCCACGAUAUACUGGCAGUACACAACGUCGCAGAUGCUGGUGAUGGAAUACACGCCCGGCAUCAAGAUCAACCGCAUUGACGCUCUGGAUAAACUGCAGGUCGACAGAAAGAGGCUGGCUCGCUACUGUGUGGAGUCGUACCUGGAGCAGAUCCUCAGCCACGGAUUCUUCCAUGCCGAUCCGCAUCCUGGCAACAUUGCAGUUGACGAUGUCAAUGGCGGCCGGCUCAUCUUCUAUGAUUUCGGCAUGAUGGGAACCAUCCCGUCGGAUAUCCGUGAAGGGUUGGUAGAAGCAUUCUACGGGGUGUAUGAGAAGGACCCCGACAAGGUGUUAGACGCCAUGGUGCAGAUGGGCGUGCUCGUGCCCACUGGUGACCGCACGGCCGUACGGCGCACGGCCCAGUUCUUCCUCAACUCGUUUGAGGAGCGUCUGGCGCAGCAGCAGGCGGAGGCCAAGGCGAGCGUGCCCAUGACCAAGGAAGAAGCCCUGGCUAAGCGGAAGAUGCGACUGUCGGCUAUCGGAGAGGACCUGUUGGCCAUCGCAGCAGACCAGCCCUUCCGGUUCCCAGCCACAUUCACCUUUGUGGUGCGCGCCUUCUCAGUGCUGGACGGCAUUGGCAAGGGACUCGACGCCAAGUUUGACAUUUCUGAGAUUGCCAAGCCCUAUGCUCUGGAGCUCCUUCGCUUCAGGGAGGUGGGCACCGAGCUUUUCUUCAAGGACUUGAAGAAGUGGUGGGACCGCCAGACCCAGGCCUUCCGGAACCUUCUCAGGCAGCCCAGCCGUGUGGAGAAGCUUGCUGACGUCAUCCUGAGACUGGAGCAAGGUGACUUGAAGCUGAGAGUGCGGACACUGGAGAACGAGAGGGCAUUCAAGAGAGUGGCGACUAUGCAAAACACCAUUGGCAGUGCCAUAGCAGCAGCCACCCUGGUGAAUGUUGCUUCAGCCAUGCACAUUGCCGCCCGCAGAACGCCUGCUACGGUGCUCCUGCUAGUCAGUGCCGUGUUUGGCAUGCGCGUUCUGAUUGGUCUCAUGCAAGUGAAGAAGCUGGACGAGCAGGAGAAGCUUAUUAUGGUUUCGCCAAUGUUUGCAGGAGAUUUCGCCAAUGUUGACUCCGAUUUCACAAGUACCAGUCCCAUAUGCGUUGCUUUUUUCACAAUGUCCGCUUCACUGGAAGAAGCCCAUGGAACCACCGCACCUACCGCUGCUCCCGUUUCUGCAAACGCGCAGGUGCGUUGUCGUCAUGCAACGGUCGAUAAGACCACUGCUCGCCGCUUAGACGUGAUAGAUCUCGACCAAGUGAUUGCUCGUGUUCCCGCACACAACACCCCGCUCAACGCCAACGACGACACGCUGGCGUAUUUUGACGCCGGAGAAGUUGACUGUGACGUAGAAGACACUGCUGACGAAGAUACCGACCCUGCAAUGGCGACAGACAGGUUCCGCUUGGAGCCGUACGAGGUUAUGCAGCUGGCGUGGAUUCGCCACGACUACGACGCGCAGUAUCGCGGCCAGACCCGCCUGCAAGGGCAAAACCGAGACGUCAUGUUAUUCGAGAAGCUGCGGGAGCGCCACCCUGAAUUCCGCCAUAAGCUGGCCGCUGUGAAGGCAAAAGUCUUCCGCAUGGAGGCGCAGUAUAGGCAUGUGGGGGAUCUCCUGCUCAAUGACUCAGGCAAGGGCCGCCCCCCGAAGAUCCCCAUCUUCUACGACAUCUUCGACAGAAUCUUGGGGGAUCGCGCGAAUGCUCGUCCGCCCGCGCUUGCCGGUAGCCUGCCUGGCGCUAAUGUCGUUAACUUGCCGUCAACCAGCACCACGGCAAGUAAGUAA